AGUGAUUGGUUGUUGAAAGACUUGAAAGACUGAAAGAGCAGCCAAUCAGAUGGAAGAGAAGAUGGGUCACUUCCGCUCUGCUCCUUUUAUAAACACAAUCUGCAACUUGUAAUUCUUAAGCCUGUCCACCAGAGGGAGCCACACAUUUCUCAUUAACAGCUUGAAUCGGUUUGCGCAAGACGUGAUUUUGAUUCCAAGUUUGUCCUUCAUGUUCAAGCCAAGAGCUGCAUUUUUCUGCAUUCAAGGCUUGAGUGCACAAAAAUAUCUGUUUUCAGCUACACACUAUCCCUGCUCACAUCUCUGUACUGCGAUUAUUACAAAAAAUAAAAUAAAUCACACUCCAGGUAGACAAAAAGUACAAAAAUAGAGCCAUAACAACUUAAAAAUCAGGUGUAAAUUCCUCGUCGUGUGUGCAUUGUUGCUGUAAAAAGUAGUUUUUCAGAAGUGUGGCUGAUUGGAGGUAAUAAAACACCUUUGUGUGAAGAAACUGUCAGGACGCAUGGACGCAACGGAGCAUAUGGAGGAACUUUCUAUCGACAAACUUCUAAAACAGUAAUAAACCACGUCCUGCCUGUUCUAAAAAAAACACGUGAAGUCCGAUAUUUACAGUUUAAGGACACAGACUAUGAACCGAGCGCACAUUCCCACGGUCCAUCUGCGGGAGACACGAGGUGCGCUGGCGGCUGAGGAAAGUGCCAACAUGAUGCCAGUGUUGAAGGUUUUUGCGGAGGAUUUUGUGCAGUGUGUCGUUUAUUCCCUUUGAGUUGAUGUGGUGGCCGAUAAGAAGAGAAACAAGCAGAGGAAGGCGUCCCGUGUCCUGUCUCCCCUGCUGCUCCGGCUCUUAUCCCGGGCCUGUGGGAGGAGUCACCGAAGGACAGAUCUGUGCACAAACUUUGUCAAUGAGCUAGUUGGCGUUUGAAAGCUGAGAGGAGCGGGCAGGUAGAGGAGAGAGAGGCAACCACCGAUCCAGAUGUGAGCGAAUCAGGUUUUUAUGUGACGAGCACAAACCAAAAGCAAAAGAGCAUGUGUGCUACCGAGAGCUCCAGCAUUUCUCACUGAAAAAAUUCCUGUUCCACUUGGAGUGAUUCUUUGAAAGCCGUGAAGAUGCACCCACUGGGACAAACAUUGACCUGGACCCUGCUCCCUGCUCUUCUGCUGGGACUAACCUCCUCAGCUCCGGGCUCUCUAGUCAAAACCAACAAGGGGCUAAAGGUCAAGCGGGGUCAGUCAGCCUAUCUGCAGGAUGGAGACCUGCAGUUCCACAUCCCCCGUCACAAAGAUGCAUGUAAGGUGGAGGUGGUGCUAAAUGAGCCAAUAACUCAACGCGUGGGGAAGCUGCAGCCUCAGGUGUUUGAUUGUCACUAUCUGACUGAUGAGGUGAAGUACGUUCACAACGGCUGUCCACUACUGAAGGAGGACAUUGUCAAUCUGCGACUAUACAGGUUCACAGACACGCACACGUACAUCGAGGUCUUCACCCUCCACGUGGAAAUCAUAGAGCCUGAAUGCAGCAUCAUCCGACUGGGCCCCAAGUCUCUGGAGGUGCCGGAGUUCUACAGCCUUUCCAACCCUGUAGAUGGGAACGUGGUGUCCUUCCAUUACGAGAGGAAGUCCAGCCUGGAGUGCACGGUCCAGCUGAGUAACCAUGAACACCACCUGCCCGCUCACGGACAACUGGUCACCGGUGAACUACAGGAGGCCGCCAAGAGGGGAGACGAACCAGAGAGCUUCAUUCACCUUCGCCAGCAACUAGAUAACAAAGAGCGGGCUAUGUGUAAAUCUGAAGACUGCCUGAAGGGUCUGAAGCUGGUAAAGUUCUCGAAAGUCCCCUGUGAUGACUUCCUGGUCAUGGGCGUCAAGUACCAGCACAUUGACCCUCCAUCUCCCGACAUAGACUACAUCCAAAUCAGACUGGACCUCAAGGACACACGCAGUGGCAGCAUAUAUAAGACGGAGCAUGCCUGGAUUCCCGUGCGGAUCCUCGGAGCGAUGCCCAACCAGCCGCCCAAAGCCUCCUUCAUGUCCAUGUUCAUCCUGGAGGUGGACCAGUUCAUCCUGACGCCCCUCUCCACCGGGACCCUGGACGCGGAGGACGAAGAGACCCCCAAACAGCUCCUCGUCUUCAACGUCACCUCGCCUCCCUCUGAAGGCUUCAUCACCCACCUGUCCGACCACACCCGGCCCGUCUCCUCCUUCACCUGGCUCGAUCUCAAUGACAUGCUGAUCGGGUACCAACCUCCAAACUCCUCCCACAGCCAGCGAAGGAAUUACGAGGUGGAAUUUGAAGUUCAUGAUUUUUAUUUUGAGAAAAGCCCACCCAUCACAGUCCACAUGUCUGUUAGGAAUGCAGAUACCAACGCACCUCGAGUGUCCUGGAACAUGGGCCUAAGUUUGCUGGAGGGUCAGUCUCGUCCAAUAACGUGGGAGCAGCUGCAGAUUGUGGAUAACAACAACCUGAAUGCUGUUCGUAUAAUCACAGUGGACGGUCUGCUGCACGGACGCCUCACUGUCAGAGGUGGGAAGGGCUUCAUGUUCACGGUCCAGGACAUUAAGGACGGCGUGGUUUGCUAUCACCAUGACGACAGCGACUCCACCAAAGACUUCAUCAUUUUCCGGAUCACGGACGGCCUGCACCAGACCCGCCACAAGUUCCCCAUCAAGAUCUUGCCCAAAGACGACAGCCCCCCGUUCCUCAUCACCAACAUGCUCCUGGAGGUGUCAGAGGGACAGACGACUCUGCUCCCAGGCUCCACCCUCCAGGCCUCAGACAUGGACUCCAGCCACGACUACAUCCUCUUCAACAUCACCAGACUCCCACACGCCGGGGAGCUCAUGAAGAUCCCAGGGCCCGGGCUCACAGGAUAUCCUGUCAACCAUUUUCUGCAGAAGGACCUGUCCCAGUCGCUGGUUUACUACAGACACCUGGGACAUGAAGUGUUUGACGAUUCAUUUGAGGUGGUGCUGUCUGAUUUUCAUGACCCCCCAAACCUGUCAGAGCCUCAAGUUGUGAUGGUCCAUGUUGAGCGUGUGCCCGACCAGCCCCCUAAAGAGGCUCCUGGCACCAGCCGCUGUCUGGUCGUCAAGGAGACAGACGUCCAUAUCACGCGACAACAGCUCCAUUUUAUCGACCAGGACUCCCCUGACAGCGAGCUGACGUUUACUGUCACCACCCCUCCCUUCUACUCCGGCCCACACAAUAGUGUGGACGCCGGACAUUUGUUUCUGGUGGACAGCAUUCCCAAGUUUACCAAAGACCCCAAUGCACCAGUGCUCAGGCUUUUUACACAGCAUGCGGUGAGCUUCAUGAAAGUGGCCUACAUGCCUCCAAUUGUUGACAUUGGUCCUUACCCUCAGUAUGUCCAGUUCAUUCUGUCUGUAACCAACCGUUUGGGCAAAACUGUGACUGGGAUCUGCUUUAACAUCACAGUUUUACCAGUGGACAAUCAGCCGCCACAGGUUGUCACAUCGACCCUGUCUGUGGAUGAGGGAGGGGAGAGCUGGCUCAGUCCUGAACAUUUGCUGCUCUCAGAUAUUGACUCAAAGAUAGAAUCUUUAACGCUGAAGCUGCAGAAGGAUCCACAGCAUGGCUCUCUGCAGCUCUCUGGCGCCCCCCUCAGACCAGGCCAAAGCUUCUCUGUGCAGGACCUGAAAAACACCAACAUCAGGUAUAUUCAUGACGGCUCAGAAAGUCUAGAAGACAACAUUGAGCUGAUUGCCACAGAUGGCACAAAUCCAGUCAGUUUCGUUCUGCCUGUUAAGGUGACCCCUGUAAAUGAUGAGGUCCCAGUGCUGGCUGCAGGUCUGAAGCCUGUGCUGAGCUGUGCAGAGGGAGAUGAGGCACUGAUCACUGCAGAGUACAUCUACGCUACAGAUGCAGACAGUGACAACAGCAGCCUGGCCUUCCUCAUCGCCCGGCAGCCCUAUCACGGGGUAGUGCUGCGGAGCGGGGUCGUGGUGGAUCGCUUCUCUCAGGCCGACAUCACUGCUGGGAUUAUUACAUACAGACACACUGGACUUGAGAUUGGACUCACGCCUCGCCAAGACACCAUCACCUUUGUGAUUUCUGAUGGGGAAACAGAGAGCUCCGUGUGCUGUGGUGGGGGGAGCAGGUCCAGUGGCUCUGCUCUGAUCCGGGACAGUCUGCCCGUGUAUGACCUGCACGUCACCGUGUUCCCUGUGGACAACCAGCCCCCCACACUGACCACAGGAGAUAUCUUUGUGGUGGAUGAAGGUGGGUCUGCCUCUAUUUCUGCCUCUCAUCUGAAAGUGUCUGAUGAGGACAGUCCUCUGGAUGAGCUCGUCGUCAGCCUGGUUUCCUCUCCUCAGUUUGGCUACAUAGAGAACGUCCUGCCCAGCCCCGGCUUUGAGAAGAGCAACAUGGGCAUCAGCAUCGCUUCUUUUUUGUACCAAGAUAUAAUCGCAGGCCAUGUGAACUAUGUCCAGUCGAGACAUGAGAGGAUGGAGCCCACAGCUGACCAGUUCAUACUAAGUGUAUCUGAUGGGAAACAUACCUCCGCUCACGUGCCUUUUUACAUAAUUAUCAACCCCACGAAUGAUGAGACCCCUGAGUUCAUGGCCCGCAAUAUAACUGUCACUGAAGGGGAAAUGAAGCCGUUGGACUCAUCUGUGUUAAACGCAGUGGAUAUGGAUGUACCAAAGAACUCUCUGGUGUUCAGUGUGGUCUCUCCUCCUCUCCACGGGAGCAUUAUGCAGCAUGCAAGUGACAGAGCAGCGCACGGGAGAGGGGACACCUACCACUCGUACCUCAAAGCUCAAGUGGUGGACUUUACCAUGACCGAGCUAACAAAUGGGUUAGGGCUGAUGUACAUGCACGAUGACUCUGAAAACAUGGAGGACAGUUUCACAAUACAGUUGACAGAUGGGAAGCACAAGUUACAGAAACAAGUGAUGGUCAAAGUGCUGCCGGUCAAUGAUCAAGAGCCUCAAGUCAUAAGGAACAACGGUCUUGAGGUGGAGGCAGGCGAGACCAGGCUAAUAUCCAGCGUUGUGCUCUUUGCUCUGGACAGUGACACGCCCUCUUCAGAAGUCAAGUACAUUUUUGAAAGUACUCCAAGUCAAGGUUUACUUCAAAUUAAGGAAGGACAUGAGUGGGUGACAGUGACACCUGGAACAAGCUGCACCCAGGAAAUGGUCAAUAUGAACCUUUUACACUAUGUGCACACGGGCGUGCACGAGGAGGAGUCACAUGACCACUUUGUCUUCCACUUGUCAGACGGAAAGAAUCGAUCACCGUCUCAGCAUUUUCACAUCUCCAUCAGGGAUCUCGAAAAGGGAAACAUAGCCAUCUUUGUGAAGCCUGUGAAUGUGACUCGUGGAGAUCGUGUGGUCCUCACGACAAAUGCGCUAUUGGCCACAGACGGGACAGACAAGCCUGAAGAGCUUCUGUAUGUGAUCACGACUCCUCCCACUCACGGACACGUAGAGUACAUCAGGCACCCCGGGAUGUCCAUCACCACCUUCAGCCAGAUGGACAUAGCGGCGAACACUGUAGCCUACGUCCAUGAUAAUCGUGCAAGCACCGCAAAGGAGACGUUUCAGUUUGUCGUGAGUAACGGUAAAACCAACAGAAACGGAAGCUUUGAGAUAUUUGUGGAGAUGGUGGACCGCAUUCUGCCCUCUCUGUCCAAUAACAAAGGCCUGAUAGUCCCCCGGGGGUCCUCCAUGAUCCUGGGCCCGGACAGUCUCUCCAUGUCCGACCCAGACACCCCUCCCAGUGCCGUGACCUUUGCCCUCGUGCAGCCUCCACAGUACGGCCGCCUGCUGUUGGAUAGUGUGACCCUCAGCGCAGGGUCAAACUUCACACAGAAGAACAUCCAGGACUUGGAGCUGACGUACAAACACGAUGGAGGUCCGGCUCUGAUUGAUCGAUUUGCGUUCACCGCCUCUGACAGCACCCACCGAGGCUUCCUAUUGGAUGGAAAAUUACAAACUGAACCAGAAUUCUUCACUAUCCAGAUCCGAUCCUUGGACCAGUCCUCUCCGGAGGUGGUGAAGCUGCUCCCGCUGUGGAAGGCUGAGGUGUUACCGGACGGACGCUAUGGGAUCUUCCUGUCCUCUCGAGAGCUGAAGGCCCAGGAUGACCACAGCAGAGAUGAUGAGCUCAUGUUCUCCAUCGUCCGACAGCCGUACUUUGGAUACCUGGAAAACAUCACGACAGGGGGGUUUUUACCUCCACGCUUUGCCCAGACGGAGCUGAACAAAAGGAGUAUUGUGUACAUCAUAAACCCGGACAUGGAGUCUCUGUCAGACAGCCUGGAGUUUAGUGUGUCUGAUCCUCUGGGGAACACUGGGCCCUCUCACACACUUCAACUGAGCUGGGCCCGACUGGAGCUCUCAGAGGAGCGCGUUUCAGUCUGUGAGCAGCAGGGGGCAGUCUCUCUGGACAUUGUACGAAAGGGGAACCUAGCAGAGUCUUCCUACGUCACUGUCAAGGUGAAGGAUGUGACGACCACCACUGGGAAAGAUUUCAUUAUAAACCCUUCGUCCUUAAUUCAGUUUGAUCCUGGAGUUUCAAAGAGGACCUGGCAGAUAAAAAUAAUCCAGGAUCAUCUUGAAGAGGCGGACGAGGUGUUUGAGGUGCAGCUCGUGACCCCAGAGGCCUGUGUCAUCGGCAGAAUCAACAAAGCCCAGGUCACCAUCAGAGACUCAGGAAGAGGAUGUGCUGGAAAACAGCCCCUGACCCCUGUUUUAGGAGGUAAAGAGGUGGAGUCCAGGCCUUAUCCUGAACACGGGACCAUCACGGUGGAGAAACUCCCCCUGGACCCAGAGUCUGUUGUCUGGACUCGCGGGGACAGCCUCAGGAAACCUCAGUCUAUUCAGCACAAAAAGAAAAUCAGAAUGACGGGCAAUCCCAAAUCUGUCGCGCCAUCUUCAGUUUUUCACAAUGGAACUGAUACAAUUUACACAUAUCACGGGGUAAUGACGAUGAACGUAGAAGACGAGUCCGCCCCGUCGAGAAAAGGCAGGAAGGCCAGUAUUCAGGUGAUCAAUCAAGGGGCCCAGCAGCAGGCUCUGACCAAGAAAUCUAAGAAGAGCAGCAGUGUAGUCAAACUGGUCAAGAGUCAAAGUGAAUCUGAAAGCUCCGUUCCUAAAGUCUGUGUGCCUGAGCUGAUGGGACUCCUGCACUUUAACCAAAGCACAGGGCAGCUCUAUCACUGCAACGGAGUGUCAUGGAAACCCUGGGCUCCUUCAGAAACGAUGGUGAGUGCUCAGAAGUGCGCCCGCGGCUGGACGUUUCAUGGUGGACACUGUUACCUGCACUCGGAGCAGAGAGCCACAUGGUCCGCGGCGAACAGAGCCUGCAAAGAGAGACAUAAAGGGACACUCGCAAGUGUGCUCUCCAAAGCAGACAUGGACUGGCUGUGGGAUUUCAGUGGACGCAAACCAUUUUGGAUCGGUCUGAACGACAGAGAGGGGAGGGGCCGCUGGGAGUGGAGCGGCGGGGAGCCCGUGAGCUACACCAACUGGAGGAAAACGCCUCCCAGAUCCAAGAGGAAGAGUGAGAAAAAGUGUGUUCUCGUGUGGAAACGAGCCAAGUGGCAAAUCAGGGACUGCAAGACGAGCAGAAACCACCGCUACAUCUGCUCUGUAAAGACACCGACAUAAUAUAAUAUCAACGACAGCAGCACGAGGUACAGAGGAGAAGGACCGUAAGGACUGUGGGGGUGUGGAUGAGUUUGAUAUACGUUGGACUUCGCUAUUUUCUUUUACAGAUGAAUGAAUUACCACUCCUGUAAAUAUAUUUUUUUCAAUGUCUGUGUAAUAAUGAUCAUACAAUGAGGUUUUUAAGUGUUGUUUCCUCAUCAGAAAUAGACCUGGAGUUGUGUUUUGUUUCAUUCACACACGUUUAACUCACAAAUCCUGCAUAUUUAAGUUGAGUUCUUCUACUUUCAAACAGAAAACACACUGCUCCACCUUGCAAUUUCAUGUGGCAAUACAGGAAGUGCUCCACUGUGUUUUUAAACUCCAUACACCUUCGCAGAAUCAUUAAUCAUCCCUGGAAUUGCCCAUCUCGAAUUAAAGAUAAAAGGUAGCUGUUAACGAAGACUAAUAAUCAGAGGUGGGACCGAGUCGUUGUUUUGCAAGUCUCAAGUAAGUCACAAGUCUUUGACCUCAAGUCCGAGUCAAGUCACAAGUCAAAGACGGGCAAGUCCAAGUCAAGUCUCGAGUCACUGGUCCAUAAGUCCAAGUCAAGUCCAAGUUGUCUGCUUUGAGCUUCAAGUUAUUUCAGGUCUUUAAACCAAAGUGCCAAGUAUAGCUUUGGUUUUUGCGAUGUAUAUGAAUUUUAAGAUAAAUUGUACUUAAAAAAAAUCAUAGUAUAUCUAUAUGUGAGUUUUUAUAGAAUAUGUAAGAGAUGUAGAAAUGUUCAUUUUUCCUUUUUAAAUGUCUUGACAAGAUCUUAGUGUGAAUCAUUACGAAUGAACAGAAAGAAUUCAGAUUUAUCAGUGUUUCUCAAGUCACAGGCCUCAAGUCCCAGUUAAGUCCCAAGUCAUUGACCUUCAAGUCCAAGUUGAGUCCAAGUCUUAGUCUAUUUUAUCAAGUUAAGUCUCAAGUUCUAAAAAUAGUGACUCAUGUCCUCACCUCUGCUAAAAAUAAAAGGAUUAUUUAAACAUAACACAACCCCAGGUCUAUUUUUGAUGAUAUGGGACCUUUAAGUAAUAUUUGCUUUAAUUUAUCCACUUUUGUUCUUUUAUGGGUAGUUGCCUGACUACAAACCCAUUUAGACCUGGAAUACUCCUGUUAUAGAACCAGUUUAGAUCUGACGGUACUCGGAAAACAGUUUUUUUCUUAAAUUAGGUGGUACUUGCGAAAAGUUGUGUGAAAAGUUUGGGGAUUGGUCUGUUGAUAUUGUAUUGCUGCUUUGUUUUUAAAAAAGGGCAAGCUUUUCGCGGUUUUUAACUUUGCUUUCUUACACACAAACAAAACAAAAAACAAAACUGUCAAUUGAGAUAAUUUACUAAUUUAUAUUUUUAAGUUUUCUACAUAUAUUACAUGAUAUAAUGAUACGGUGAGCUACUUUUAUAAAACAAAAAUACCAGAGAACUACUAAUUUUAACAGUCACAAGAAAUUGAGUAAAUAUAAGAGCCACAGCGAGCCUUAGAUGAGGGACAGUUCGAUGCUUAUAAAACACAAACCAUUAUUCAUUUCUAAAAGAGCGCAAACUUUUUAUGGGUUUCACUUUGCUCCGUUUUGAGGACCAUUCAUAUUGUUUUGAAUUGUUAAUUUUUAUGACAACAGUUCAUUUUUAAUCACUUCGAAAUCAGUCUGAAUCUCAAAAAAAAAGUGGGACAAUGGUUAAAUAUAAAUAUCAGAUCAACAGGCUACAAUUACAGUUUUGUUUUACAGAUUCUUCAUCAAAUCCAAAUCAGUUGUGUGUAAAAAGUCUAAAAUGUCCGUCUGAUAUCGAUGGGACUGAGCAGUAACUGGACCAGACCACUGUCCCUCUGUAAUGUUUUCCAUGAGCUUAUUAACAAGUUUAUUUCUCCCACAAAGUCGAGUUAAAUAGAUUUCCUGUUGCUUCUUGUCCUGGCCUUGUUCAGGGCAGAGCAGUUGUUCAAAUGUGGGCCAGGAGAUCCACAGGGUUACGUAGCAAUGUGAUUAUCCCCAUCAUGUGAUCUACAGCAAGUAUGAAAGAGGGCUUUUUAUUUCCUCUGUACGCACUCGCUGUGUUCUGCAGAGAGACAUGCAGCUUCUCCUCCUCUCGGUAAGUCACGCAAGAAUUUGGAUCAACAGCUCAGACCCUGAUCAGAAAUAUAAUGUUUGCGUUAACUUUUUUUAAAAUCUAAGUUGUAACAUAAAAUGGGGCAUUAUUGAAGCAAAUUAGAAUCAAUGUUGUGUAAAAAUAGCAAAUAAUUUUUCAGUUGUCUUUAUAUUUGAUGUCCAGCUGCCAAUGUCACAGCACUGUUUUCAAUAUUUGUACAGUUUAUCAUUUUCUUUCAUUAAAUGUGUUA